AUGGCACUGACUGAGUUGAUAGAAUUAAAGGUUCAGCUGCAAGAGUUAAUCGACAAGGGAUACAUUCGACCUAAUGUAUUGCCCUGGGGAGCUCUUGUAUUGUUUGUGAGGAAGAAAGACGGUACAUUUAGAUUGUGUAUCGACUAUAGGCAACUGAAUAAGGUAACGAUUAAAAAUAAAUACCGGUUACCAUGCAUUGAUGAUUUGUUUGAUCAGCUAAGAGGAGCCACGGUGUUUUCAAAGAUAGACUUGAGAUCGGGUUACCAUCAACUGAAAGUGAGAGAAGCCAAUAUUCCUAAAACCGCAUUUAAAACGAAAUAUGGACAUUAUGAAUUCCUGGGAAGAUCAUAUUACCCAUCUGAGGAUAGUAUUACAGACGUUGCAGGAUAUGCAGCUGAGCUGAAACGGAGACUAGUAUCAGCACUAGUGCUUACCUUGCCUAUUUCAGAGCGCUGUAGGAUAUUUACAGAUCACAAAAGCUUAAAGUAUAUCUUUGAUCAAAAGGAAUUGAAUCUAAGACAACAAAGAUGGAUUGAAUUGAUUAAAGAUUACGACUGUUCCAUCGAGUACUACCCUGGUAAGUCUAACGUUGUGGUAGAUGCACUAAGUAGGAAAUCCUCGGGACCCAAGGCUAUUAUUGGUUCAAUAAGAGGAAUGCUAUUACAGGAGUUCAGAAAUUCCAGAAUCGCCUUAUCAGUGGAAGCGUUAUGA